CUUCCCCAUGAGGUCUGCAUUGUGGCCCGGUCUACUAUGAGCUUAUUCUUGGAAAGAGCGUCAGCGAGCAGCUGAGAGAGGUGAGACACUUCAAACUUCUGGCGGUAUGCUGCAAAGUUUCCAACCUGAAAACAACGUGAUGUUGCAGCAACAGGCAGGACAGCACACCUCACGGCUUGGUGAUCAUCGGGAAUCAAUAUGAUGUCAAGUUGAGGGGCACAGACUCUAAACCCGGAACCAUACUCUUAUGCGUCGUGUUCAUCCGAUGUAAACUGAUUUACUUCAACCUGUUGAAUCUACGUUUCAGUGCAGCACAGUUUGAAUUGUAUGCGUAAAACAAGACCAGUUGUGAUUCAUCCUCUUUCUUCGAGUGAUUAUUUUUAGAGUUAAUUAGUUUGAUUAAGUAGGCUAACAAUCAAAAUUGGCUUAGCAUUACUUAAGUUUCGAAACCCUUUUCAUCUUGUUGCCCUGCGUCAGAAGAAACGUCGUGCUCCACGGAUUAAAAGUGAGAUUCCGGUGUUAUUACUCAUAGAUGUCCUCUCAGUUGGAAGGAGGCCUGCAGCUGGAGAAUACUGCAAAACUUGAAGAACUUAAAUCCAAAGAAGAAGUUGACGUGACAAGCUCUGACGGAUGCGCGGAGCGGCGCAGCUGCCACGGGGACAGAAAGGAAGUGGCGCUGUCUCCGGAGGGCCAUCAGCAGAAACCACGCAAGAUGACCCGGAGCCCCAAGUGUGCCCGCUGUCGGAACCACGGCGUCGUUUCGUGUUUGAAAGGCCACAAACGCUUCUGCCGCUGGAGGGAUUGUCGCUGUCCCUGCUGCCUGCUGGUGGUGGAGCGGCAGAGAGUCAUGGCGGCACAGGUCGCUCUGAGGAGGCAGCAAGCCGCGGAGGUGAGGGGCGCACAAGAGCAGGGUAAGAGGGGGGUAAGGUGUGCAGGUCCGUUGAGGAGGACUGCGUAUCAGCGCUACACGAGAGCAGCCGAACCGAGCAUACUGGCUAAGAGCAUCCUGCUGGGGUUCAAACCGGCAGUGCCAGUGGAGGACUACACCUCCUGCUGGUCGAAGCAGACACCGGGGGGCCAAACCCUCCCUACGUGCCCCUCGAUGAGCGCCCGGAUGAGGAAGAGGAGAGCCUUCGCAGACAAGGAGCUGGAGAAUGUGAUGCUGGAGCGGGAGCUGAGGCAGAGAGAGCUGCAGAGCGAACUUUCCCUCUCCUCCUCCGCUGCCCUUACCCCCAUGCUUCGCCCACCGCCCCUGCCUGCCUCCCCCAGCCUCCACUGUUGUCUUCUCAACAAAGACCCCACCUCUGCAGGGUCGUCCAGUUACGUGCCUGUGUACAAAUACAAGCCUCUGUAUGAGUGUGACUUCCAGUUCUAUCAGUUCCUUCACCUAAAAAGCAUGUCUGCUGCAGAAGACUAUAACAACUUCUUAUACUCAGAGCAAACCAGGGAGGAUGAGGAGGUGCAGAACAGCUGUAGAGGUUGUGAGAAGAAAGACAGUCUAGAGCUGACGCCUCUAACAUCUCGAAGACUCAAACAUCAUGGCAGCACCGUGUCAGGUCUAGAUCCUGUCAAAUCCUCCUCAAAACCAAUAGAAAUAAUGGACUCAAAUGGCUGUUCACACCUCACACGCUCCUUUUUUGGAUCUGAUCACGGUAUCGUGGUCAGGCCAGACGUCAGUGCACCCAGCAGGACUUUUGAUCCCAGACCUCUGACAGCUAAGGGGUGGUGUGCAGACCCCCCCGCAGACCAGACAGCUCCUCAUGGCGACCCUGUCAAGAGCUCUAAUGGCAGCUCAGUCAGGACCCCCGCUGUGAGGCCAUUACCUUUCUCAGUGGAGGCUCUGCUAAGGGCCUGACGGGCAAACAGAAAGCAGGGCAAUGCACUCUGGUAAUAUGCAGACUAAGAAUUGAUGUUGAGUGAAAUAUAAUAAUUGCCUGUUGUAUAAAAUGUUUUGAUAAGGGGUGGUUGUGAAGUAUAUAUUAACACAUUCAAGAAUAUAAAUCACAGCCUUUGUAUAACUUUUUUAAAUUUGUCAUAAAGAACUAUUUAGCUACAUUUGAAAUAUCA